GCUGCGCGCCGGGUUGGAGGAAGAGGGCCAUGCCUACUGUGGAGCAGUGAGGAAUGCCACACAAAAGCAACCUUGGGAGGACGAUCUUAAGAAACUGAAAGUGGAACUGAAAGCAGAGCUGUCAAAGGAAGUCGAAGUCCAAGUGAACAAUCUCUCCCAGACCCUCCUGCAGGGUAUUAGAGAAGAGUUCCAGAAAUCAAGACAGCAGGGGAGUUCCCAGAGCAAUGGCUCGCUGCAGGCCCCCCAAAGGUCACGGAGCUAUUCCCCAGCCCCGAGACACCAACGGGCAGGUCGACAGCCAAGGCCCCGUGUCCAUGGAUGGAGUUGCUGUCUCGUGCCUGCUGGAUACUGGCUCCCAAGUAUCCAUGAUGCGUCAGGACUGGUUUGAAGAGCAUUUCGGAACAAAUGGUCAACGGCUGAAGGAUCCAACCUCCUGGCUAAAGCUGAGAGCAGCCAAUGGCAAAGAAAUACCAUAUCUGGGGUAUGUAACGCUUCAGGUGGACGUUGCUGGUGUAAGCCUAGAGAAUGUGGGCGUAAUCGUAGUCAAAAAUUCAUGUCUGACAGUGUCUGCACUAGUGGGGAUGAAUAUCAUCAAAGAAGUUUGGCAGAUCUUGUUCCAGAACAGUGCCCCCUGUGAUGUCAAAAGGCAACCACCAUUGAACGCCUUUGGAAAAGUCAUGUGGCAGAAAGCUAUGCACAUCUGCCAAAAAGAACACCGCUUCACCUCACCAGAGGGGUUCGUGGGCUAUGCCCGUCUGGCCAGUCGGCGCCCUGUAACAGUGCCAGGUAAUCGUGAGGUGCUCUUGAACUGUAAAGCUCGAAACGGGCCUUGUGGUCGAAGUUACGAAGCCCUUAUGGAGCCGCUGCCCACCAGAGACGGACUGCUGGUGGCUCGCACCCUGGUGAAUGUGAACAAUGGUCAAAUGCAGGUGCGUGUCCGAAAUAUCAGUAAUACACCAAUGACCUUGUACCCAUACCAAAAAUUGGGAGAAUUGCUGACAUUAAAUGUGUGUGAAGUGUUUGAUGACUGCCCUGACUUGCAGUUGGUCCCCAAUGAAGCCAGUGGGGUGCCAGUAAAUGCAGUGGAAGCAGGUAGUGUGAACGCCAACCCACCACCUCAAUUUGACCUAGAAGGGGUGCAAUUGUCAGCUGAGCAAAAAGAAAAACUGGCCACACUGUUGACUACACAUCAGUCUGUCUUUUCACAGCAUGAGGAGGACUAUGGCUGCACGGAGACCAUCCUACAUGAGAUACCAACAGGGGAUGCAGCCCCAAUCAGACAGAGAUAUCGACAGAUCCCUCCAAAUCUGUACGGUGAGGUCAAGGCUUUGAUUAAACGAAUGUUGGAUGCCGACAUAAUCAAACCCAGCUCAAGUCCAUGGUCCUCUCCUAUAGUCCUAGUACGGAAAAAGGAUGGCUCCAUUCGGUUUUGUGUAGACUAUAGGCAGCUGAACCAAGUAACCCGAAAAGACUCAUACCCCCUACCCCGGGUGGAAGAAGCAUUAGCCAGCUUAAAGAAGGCCCGCUGGUACUCGACCCUUGAUCUUGCAUCAGGUUACUGGCAAGUCAAAAUGCACCAAAAAGAUAUGGACAAAACGGCUUUCACCACUCCUAUGGGGCUAUUUGAGUUCCAACGAAUGCCAUUCGGACUGUGCAAUGCACCGGCAAGCUUCCAACGCCUAAUGGAGAGCUGCUUGGGAGAUCAAAACUAUCAAUCAUUGUUGAUUUACCUUGAUGAUGUGAUUGUUUUUGCCCCAGACUUUAAUAGCCACCUUGAUCGCCUUGAUUUUGUCUUCUCUCGCCUCUCCCAGCAGGGUCUAAAGUUGAAACCAGACAAAUGCAAGCUCCUCCGAAGCAGUGUCCAGUAUCUGGGUCACGUGGUAUCUGAUGCUGGAAUAGCUCCAGACCCUGACAAGGUGGUGGCUGUUCAGGAAUGGAAGGUGCUGCAGUGGUGCCAGAGGAAGACGAUGGCAUGGAAGUCCCCGGGUUCGAAGAGGUGACCGUUGAAGUGGUGCAAGCUUGCCUCUCAGGGUCCUGCUCAGCAGCCUCUACAGGACCAGUGUCAGACCAGCCACCGC